AAAAUGUCAAAUUUAAAUGCAAAUUUCUUAAGGUCACUCCGGCUAAUUUAUAAAUGGUAAGGGAAAAUGCGCGUGUAAAAAAAACAGUGAGUUCGCUUAGUUCGUUUAUCUCGGAGCAAUGGUUAAAUUAUCGCAAACACUUUUGUAAAAAUCCAAAUUCCAAUGAGGGUAAGAUCUGGAAAGGCGACGAGCUGUGCCAGGAGAUAUUCGCGGAGACAACUUCGAACUGUUCGCAGACUUCCCUUCAUCAGAAAAAAGAUACUUACACGAAAAACAGUCGACAUACUUACGUUGUGUCCUCGGCCCAUUCGUCCAACAUGGACUCCAGCUCAUCAGACGAGAAGAAAAUCGGGAAAACAGGGAACUUGUACAACGACCAGCCAAUGCUGAACACUUCCAGCACCUACUAUUGCGAUUGCACUCUCGACAAGAAGAAAGAAAAGUGCUGUCCCAAGAUUAAACUGCAAGUCAGGAAAACCGCCAAAAAAGAAAACAGCUCGCAGAGCUGUAAUUUGGGGUGCCAAUGCGCGUGCGCAUUCGACGGCCCUGAUGUCAAAUGCAAGCACAAAGAUUGCCCCCACUCGAAAAAGAAGAAGAAGAAGUGCUGCAACUGUUGCAGCAAAGCGUCUUUUUCUUCGGGUAAAACUUCGUGCAGCUGCGAUAGUCGUACCAAAGUGAAGGGCAAAUGCAGCAAGUCGGAACUCAAACGACUGGAGAAGCAGCGGAAAAAGGAGGAAAAAGAAUGUAAGAAGGCUUUGAAGAAGAAGAAAUCGAAGACAAGUGGGUGCAAGUCGUGCAAGUGCCUUCCGCCCUGUUUGGAUGGCAGCGCGACCCUCUCGCAGUGCUGCAACAAAGGGGACGGCAAAUGUUACUGCAAGUCGUGCAAAAAGAAGAAGCGUUGCAAAAAAACUGAGUCCAAAUGUUGCUGCAACUCGAAAAAAGGCAAGGUAGCACUUGGUAGCAGUAAAACCAAUGUUGAAAAUUACAACGCCCAGGUUUGUCAAAGUCCUGGUGGAGCUAAAAAUAGCAAUACCCUGGUAUACCCCAAAGACGAUAAGGAUACUUUGGACUCCGUUCGGAUGAUGAUUAAGAUGGAGUCGCGUCAAAAUUACAGAAACAUCAACAACAUUCUAAAUGAACUGAAAAAGCAACGCAAAGACAUUGAAGAGCUGAAAAAAAUGUGCGUGAGAACGCACAGCAAUUCGGACAAACGAAAAAAUAGCAAGGGUAACAACAUGUACACCACGUGCGGGUAUGCUUACGGUAUAGGCAACCCAACCGCUCCGAAACACCCCAAGAACGUACUGGAAGGCGAGCAACCGGAAAUGAAGAGAAAUUCCAGUCCCAACAAGGUGGCGGACCAAGAAAAUAGGAGCCACCGACUGGCGGACCAGGAGAACCAACCAAGAACGCAAGAAAAUUAUAGAAAUUUUAGGGUCAUGGAACCUGAGAAAAAACCCCAUAAACAUGAAUCAAGCCCAGAGCGAUCGGACAGGGCGCCACCAAAGCUUGGCUUCAACGAUGAUAAGAAUACCAGGACCCCAAGCCCAGAAAAGAUGCCCCAAACAAAAGGUAUGCCGUCAAAUUACACAAAAUAUUUGGUAAAAAACAUCGAAAAAUCCGACGAUGGUAGAAAAAGUGAAGUUUACACGUUUAACAAUUGGUCUUCACAGCCAAAAAAACCAGAGGCAAAAAAGAGGCAUUUUUGGGGAAAGAAAAAAUGAGUACAGUACAGUACCUGUAAAAAAGGCCUAUAAGUAUCGAUGUCGAUAGAUGCCAGAUGGAAUGGUAGUCGAUGAGAUAAAAAAAUGGCGGCGAAUCUAUAAUUUCCAAAAGCAUCACCAGACCAGUGAGCGCGACGAAAAUCGCGCACUUCCAGACGUACCAUUGUCGCUGCCUCACCCAACUGCACCACACGAACCAGCACGAA